UUAAAAGGAUGAUUGUUUAGACGUUCUUGAGUCUUUCACUCACUUCAAUUCCCAACCACCGGUUGCACUUCCCACAACUAUCAAAUCGCAGACCUUUCAGUGUCAUAGUUGUUCAUAAAUCCAACAAAAAUGACCGAACCGCUCCCCGUCAUCCUCUGCGGCAAAACCGAACAAAUCGGCGCCGUCGUCAUCGAGUCUCUAAAGCCUGAACUCGAAGUCGUCCACUUCAUCCUCACCCCCGAAGCCGGAGUCGAGCAGAUUCCCGCCCUUUUGCGCGGAGAGAAGCAGGUCACGUCCACUAGCUCAUUAGGCUCUCAUAAUUACGAAAGAGGCAUCAAUGCCAUCAUCCUUGGUGCGGGCUAUGAUGAUCAAGCUGCUCAAGUCUUGCGCGAUGCUGCAAGGGGGCUGAAGCCCGUGCCUUGGUUGAGGCCCGAUACGUCCAAGCCGGCGCCGCCGCUGGGCCCGGAGUAUGGAAAGGCGUUGGUGGCGCGGAUUAAGGAGACGUUUGUUCAGUUGCGGAAGAGAGGAGGUUUGGAUGGGGAUGCGGUGGUUUAUUAUUAGGUGUUUGUUUCUAUAUGUGGAAUGUUGGUUUGUUCAUGUGGCUUCACUUUAGGACUUGUCUAAUGUAAAGUAAGCGGCUUUCUUUCCUGAUACCAGUGACCAGAAACUCACUAUCAACAUAGAAGAACCUGGGUGAUGUACAGCAUAGAUUAGAGAGAACUUGGCUAACCCGCAUCAUUCAUUAAUUAGAUUAAU